CACGAUUUGAAAGCCCCAAACCCGUUUGGUUUCCCAGCGACGCAUCCCCAUCUCGAGUCGUUGCUUUCUUUUGGCGUUUCCCUCACUCCACUCCACUCCACUCCGCCCCACUCCACUCAACGCACAAACCCCUCUUCUCCCUCUCGCAGCUCAAAAAGAAGCAAACUCUCUGUUCAAACCCUAACCCAUUUUUCUCGGAGAUCGAGGAGGAUGACGAGGAUGCGACGUGCGAAACCCUAGGAGAGAGAGGGAGAGACGAGAGAGAUCGGGGCGCGGUAGCAGAUGGCGAACAACGGACAGCCGCCGCGACGGCCCCGGCAGGGCCCCUGGCCGCCUGCUCCGGACCCUACGCCGGCCCCUGCGCCGCUCUCCUGGGCAAAGAGGACCGGUUUUAAGGGAAGGGUCUCCGGCGAGUCCAACGCCAGUAAUUCCGGCCAGAUUGCGCUCCCCAGGCCCAAGGAGCCGGGAUCCAACCUCGAUCUGGAGGCAGGGUCUAGGGACAAUGUUGCUACUCCUCUUCCGCCUCCUCCUGGCGCCGCCGCCGCUGCCGUCGCUGUCAAUGGGGAGCCGGAGAACAGGGCGGGAGGAGGAGGUGGUGGAGCAGUCCCGUUGCCAGCCGAUCAGACGGCGAGGAAGAGCAGGGAUUCGGAUGGUGGAAACAAGAGUGCAGGUUCUGGACCCAAUGGACAGGUGGUCCGGUUUGAUGAGCCGUCAAGGCAUCGGAGGGAGGAGGAGACGGCCACGCUGCCUCAGCUAGAAGAGGACGAGGAAGGCUUCCCGUCAAGGCAGGUUCAUAUUAAGUAUGAGCUGAGGGAUAGUCCGGGUCUUGUGCCGAUAGUCUUUUAUGGAUUCCAGCACUAUUUAUCAAUAAUCGGUUCUUUGAUUCUGAUCCCAUUGGUUUUAGUUCCAGCUAUGGGCGGCAAUUAUGAAGAUACUUCUGCGUUGGUGUCGACUGUCUUGUUUGUUUCAGGAGUGACAACAUUGUUGCACACACUCUUUGGAACUAGGUUGCCACUCAUACAGGGCCCUUCUUUUGUGUAUCUGGCUCCAGCAUUAGCAAUAAUAAAUUCUCCAGAUUUUCAGGGUCUUAAUGAGAAUAAUUUUAAGCACAUAAUGAAGGAGCUACAGGGAGCUAUAAUUAUCUCUUCUGCAUUUCAAGCAAUAAUGGGGUAUACUGGAGCAACAUCAUUGCUUUUAAGGUUGAUUAAUCCAGUUGUUGUAUCUCCGACAAUUGCAGCUGUUGGACUUUCUUUUUUUAGUUAUGGCUUCACUCAAGUAGGAAAUUGUCUGGAGAUUGGUAUGAUGCAGAUAUUGCUGGUUAUCAUUUUCUCACUUUAUCUUCGGAAGAUUCGCAUAUUUGGUCAUCGAAUAUUUUUGAUCUAUGCGGUCCCUUUGGGUCUGGGAGUUACAUGGGCUAUCGCAUUUCUUCUUACAGAAUCUGGAGUGUAUAACUAUAAAGGUUGUGAUAUUAAUGUACCUGCCUCCAAUACUCUAUCAGCAUACUGCAGAAAGCAUGUGCCAAGGAUGAAACACUGCCGUACAGAUACUUCUCAUGCCAUAAAAUCUUCACCAUGGUUUAGACUUCCUUAUCCAUUGCAAUGGGGCACACCUGUUUUCGGUUGGAAAAUGGCCAUUGUUAUGUGUGUAGUAUCCAUUAUUGCAACAGUUGAUUCGGUUGGUACAUACCAUGCUUCAUCUUUGUUGGUGGCUUCAAGACCUCCAACAGCUGGAGUUCUUAGCAGGGGUAUCGGUAUGGAAGGCAUCUCCAGCAUUCUUGCUGGUCUUUGGGGCACAGGAGUUGGUUCAACAACUCUUACAGAAAAUGUUCACACUAUUGCUGUAACUAAAAUGGGCAGUCGCAGAGCAGUUGAGCUGGGUGCUGUCAUUCUGAUUCUUCUAUCUUUUGUGGGUAAAGUUGGUGGCUUCAUUGCUUCUAUCCCUGAUGUCAUGGUUGCUGGACUCUUAUGCUUUAUGUGGGCCAUGCUUGCUGCUUUGGGCUUGUCAAACCUACGGUACAGUGAGACAGGAAGCUCCAGAAAUAGUAUCAUAGUUGGACUCUCUUUGUUUUUCUCCUUAUCUGUACCUGCAUACUUCCAGCAAUAUGGACUUGUUCCCAAUGCAAAUUCAUCUGUACCGAGUUACUUCCAACCAUAUAUUGUGGCAUUGCAUGGGCCUUUUCACACCGGAUAUAAAGGGAUAGAUUUCGUUUUGAACACAUUGCUGUCAUUCAACAUGGUGAUAGCAUUUCUUGUUGCUGCAAUCCUUGAUAAUACUGUUCCUGGUAGUAAACAAGAACGAGGGGUGUAUGUUUGGUCUGAACCAGAGGCGGCAAGAAGGGAAGCAUCCGUGACAAGAGACUAUGAGCUUCCUUUCAAAGUUGGAAAAGUUUUCAGAUGGGUCAAAUGGGUUGGUCUAUGAAAAGUUAUAUAAAGAUUGGUACACGUUGCGUAUGGAUGACCUAUCCCAGAAACAUAAUCACAACUCAGACUCAAGGCAUCUUUCAUGUGGAUCGAGCACAGAAAAUAGUUGCCCGAUCUGUGCUUUCUUUCUCCAACUUGGUCUGAGAAUUCUGAUGACAUUUGCCUGUUUGAUCACGAUGAGCAUGUGCAGUGUGGUUUGAUUAUCUCGUCCAAGAUACCAAUUUCUCGUAAUGUGUUUCACUUUCACAGCAUGUGUUCUAUAAUUUUUUGCAUAGUUCAUGAGUGGGAUGAUCUGAUUUCCUUCUGAGUGUUAGGUUUUGAGAGUUUGUGAAUCUGAAUUCAUGUACAGCAACUGCACCUGCACUACUCGAGGACCUUCUGAAAGUUAACGGCCUGUUAUAUUUUCUGCUCGA